CGCCUUAGCCCUCCGGGCCACGGGCCUCUCCGGGCGGGCGCCCAGGGUGGCGGCGCCUGCGGCCGAGCGCCGGGAGCAGGUAGUGUUGGUGCUUCUUUUCAGUGCCAGUCCAUCCAUCACGACCACAUUUGUCAUGAUGACAGUGACAAGAUAUCUCCCGGGGCCAAUUCAGCACCUCUACCUGGCCAUCCUAACAAGGUGAUUUGUGAAAGGGUGAGACUUCAGAGCCUGUUCCCUCUCCUCCCAAGUGAUCAGAACACUACCGUUCAAGAGGAUGCUCACUUCAAAGCUUUCUUCCAGAGUGAAGAUAGUCCAAGUCCCAAGAGACAGCGCCUCUCUCAUUCAGUCUUUGAUUAUACAUCAGCAUCACCAGCUCCCUCACCACCAAUGCGACCAUGGGAGAUGACAUCAAAUAGGCAGCCCCCUUCAGUUCGACCAAGCCAACAUCACUUCUCAGGGGAACGAUGCAACACACCUGCACGCAACAGAAGAAGUCCUCCUGUCAGGCGCCAGAGAGGAAGAAGGGAUCGUCUGUCUCGACAUAAUUCCAUUAGUCAAGAUGAAAAUUAUCACCAUCUCCCUUAUGCACAGCAGCAAGCAAUAGAGGAACCUCGAGCCUUCCACCCUCCGAAUGUAUCUCCCCGUCUAUUACACCCUGCUGCUCAUCCACCCCAGCAGAAUGCAGUAAUGGUUGACAUACAUGAUCAGCUCCAUCAGGGCACCGUUCCUGUUUCUUACACAGUAACAACAGUGGCACCACAUGGGAUUCCCCUCUGCACAGGCCAGCACAUCCCUGCUUGCAGUACACAACAGGUCCCAGGAUGCUCUGUGGUUUUCAGUGGACAGCACCUCCCUGUCUGUAGCGUGCCUCCUCCAAUGCUUCAAGCAUGUUCAGUUCAGCACUUACCAGUACCAUACGCUGCGUUUCCACCCCUUAUUUCUAGCGAUCCAUUUCUUUUACAUCCUCCUCACCUUUCUCCCCAUCAUCCUCCUCAUUUGCCACCUCCAGGCCAGUUUGUCCCUUUUCAAACACAGCAGUCACGAUCGCCUCUGCAAAGGAUAGAAAAUGAAGUGGAACUCUUAGGAGAACAUCUUCCUGUAGGAGGUUUUACUUACCCGCCAUCGGCUCAUCCCCCAACAUUGCCUCCAUCAGCUCCUUUGCAGUUCUUAACACAUGAUCCUUUGCAUCAGGAGGUUUCCUUUGGAGUAUCUUAUCCUCCAUUUAUGCCUCGGAGGCUCACAGGACGUAGUAGAUAUCGAUCCCAGCAACCUAUACCACCUCCCCCUUAUCAUCCCAGCUUACUGCCAUAUGUGUUAUCAAUGCUUCCAGUGCCACCUGCAGUGGGCCCAACUUUCAGUUUUGAAUUGGAUGUGGAAGAUGGAGAAGUAGAAAAUUACGAGGCCCUGUUAAACCUAGCAGAGCGACUGGGAGAGGCCAAGCCUCGAGGACUGACUAAAGCAGAUAUUGAACAACUUCCUUCUUACAGGUUCAAUCCUAACAACCACCAGUCAGAACAGACUUUGUGUGUAGUAUGCAUGUGUGAUUUUGAGUCAAGGCAGCUACUUAGAGUUUUACCCUGUAACCACGAGUUCCAUGCCAAGUGUGUCGACAAAUGGCUUAAGGCAAAUCGUACUUGCCCAAUCUGCCGAGCUGAUGCUUCAGAAGUGCAUCGGGAUUCAGAAUGACCAACCUAAGAGCACAAAUUUAAUUUGGGUGUUCCUCAUCACAUGUAUAUAUGGACUAUCCAUUGAACUUAAUCUGUGUGGCUUCCAGCCCUCCCUUUACGAAAAGGGUCAAUGGACCUUUCUUUGCACUGUGUGACUUAAUCAACUAUAAAAGCUUACAAUUAGUCUUCACAA